CAAGUCCGCGUUCGCUGUGAGCAUUCAAGUUUGUGCCAGCUACUCUGCUCAGUUGGUUCCUGGAUGACGCGUACAACAAGGUUGAGCCCCUGCUGUGCCAAUCCUACAAAACAAAUUGAACCCAACACAACGAAAGCACACAAAACCGACCUCUUGAAAUUCAUUCUCCCCCUUCCCGGUACCUUAUAUCCCGACCAUACGGAGCACCGAUCGCUCAGAACAGCCAUUACGUAUUGCACGAAGCCAAUUUCUACCUUCCACACCACAACAUCCUCAACACCGUAUACCUUUAAUACUCUCCUUUUCCACUGAAAGAAGAAACGCCGGCAAAGGAAAAUAAAAGGAAAGAAACAUGUCCCACUACGCCCCCUUCAAAUCCCUCUCCCACAUCUCCUGGACAAGCGACAUCGUCCAGCGCGACCCGUCCUCCCUAGCCGACCUGCUCACCACGACGCUGAGCGAAGCCCAGCUCCUCAUCGACUCCAUCCCGACUCCCACCCCACCUUCUGUCUCAUCGAGCACGCACCCGUCCAGCGGACGGGCAAGAUCCCACACCGACUCGUCCGUCCGGCCCCCUUCCUCUUCCGGAAGCGCAAAGGGGGAUACCGGCGCGGCGGUGAAAGAGGAACUGGUACAGAAAAGAACAGAGCAGGACAAGGAGACGGUGCGCAAGCUGCAGCGCGAGUGGAAGGACCUCAAGGUGCCGCAGGGCGACAAGGGCGGAAACCCGCACUCCAUCACCAUGUACAAGAUGGCGGCCAAGGACGGCAAAUACGCGUGGUUUGCACGGAGGAGCCUGCAUCGGUCCGAGGGCGGCGGCAUGGGCGGGUUCGAGAAGUGGGAGGCGGCGCUGCGGAGGGAGAUGCAAGCCACCCUGGACAGGGUUGCCGAGACGCCGGGAAAGGAGCCUGGGACGGGGAAUAUCAGGGGGAUUGGGGCUGAGAGGAGGGUUGAGACGAUCGAGUGUGAGGCCGGGAGGAUGGAUGUCUAUCAUGUCUCGGCGAGAUUUCCCGGUCCUACAACCCCCAGGGACUUUGUCGCGCUGAUUAUGACGCCCAAAGGGGAGAAGAAGGAUAAGCGAGCCCGGGCGCCGAGACAGUUCAUGGUUGUCUCGAGACCAUGCGAUCACCCCGACUGUCCGCCUAGAGCGGGAUUCAUCCGCGGCACCUACGAGUCGGUCGAGCUCAUUCGGGAGGUGCCUGUCGACAAGCCGCUGCGGAAGGUCAGAUCGUCGAUCGAUCUGAACAGAGACGACGUAAAGAGGCCUUCGGACGGAGAGCGCAGGAGCAAGGAGGCGGUGCUGCGGGCUGCGAAGCGGGCGACGGGUGAUGAAGUCGAGUCGGAGGGCGAGGGCAGGACUGCGUCGUCUCGGCUGGCUGAUGACGGCGACCAGGGAGACACGGAGAUGGCAAUCGAGUGGCUGAUGGUUACUCGUAGUGACCCGGGCGGCAGCGUUCCCCGCUUCAUGGUCGAGAAGGGGACACCAGGAGGGAUCAUCAACGACGCGGGGAAGUUUCUCAAGUGGCUUUCUGCUCAGACGAUGGACGACCUCACGAAAUCAAUCUCGUCUCAUUCUGAUCAGCGGGAAACGAAGACGACCGGAGAGUCACCGGCCCAGGAACAACCCGGCCAACUCCCGACAGACACAUCGGCCGAAGACCACCUUCCAGACGGAGAAGCUGAGCCUCGGGAGCAACCAUCCGCCAACAACAGCGGAAUCUACGGCAUGGUCAGCAGUGCUCUUGGCAUGGCCACCUCAGCUGUCGCCAGCAGGGUAGCUGCAUUCGCCCCCAAACUGACUGACUCAGACAGGAGUGACGACGAGAGCGACACGUCAGAAGCCAGCUUCGCCUCCGCGGCCGAAGAGGGCUCCCACCCGGAGUCUACAAUUCGAGAUCACAAUAAUGCCGAGACAGCCUCGCCAACCGACGGGGCCUCCACCCACUCCGCACCGUCAACUCUCUCGGAACAGGACGCACAAACCCUAUCGCUGACACCGUCAGCAACCUUCUUGCAAGUGAAGUCCCAACACGAAAAGGAACUCGGCAAACUCCAAAGCCGCAUGCGUAAAGCUCAAGAAAAACUCGAGCGUGCCCAGGCCCGCAGACAAGCCAAGAACAACAACACCACGGCUGCCGCCGCCGCCAGCAAAGGUGACUCGGCCUCCGACGAAACCAAGCAAAAACAAAAGGAAAAAGACGACCAAGCGCUGGCCAAGCUGCGCGAAAAACACGAAAAAGAGAUAGCGAAGCAGGAAGAGAAAUUCCGCCGUGAGCUGCAGCGCCUGGCCGACAAGCGGGCGGCCGAGGAGCGCAAGGCCGAGGCGCGGCGCAAGAAGGCGGCCGAGCGUGAGGAGCGCGGCAACCUGGCCAUGGAGCUGGAGCGGGUCAAGGCGGAGCGGGACGUGGCGCGCAAGGAGGUCGACAUGCUGCGCGAGCGGGUCGGCGAGUUGCAGGGGCAGUGCACCAUGCUUGUUGCGCGGCUUGGGAAGGAGGGGAUUGAUGUCGCGGAGCUGAAGAAGGAUGUUGGGAUAAAGGGGUGAGGGAGAGAAGGGUGGCGAUUUUUCUAUGGUGAUUUUAUGUUGCGGAAGCGGUUGAUCUUUGACCUGUAUCUCACAGACGGUUUAGCGUUUUAUUCCCACUCACGAGGACAUGUGUGUACGAUAUAUUGACGAGCAUUUAUAUCCGUUUCCAACAAGACCGACUGAAGCAACGCCGGAAAGCAGAGUGACACGCAGAGGAGGUAACGGACGGGGUACAUGAUAUCUGACCUACUAGGUAUGUUGUUAAAGGUGCUAGCUAGUAUUAGUAUUUGCCCCUAUUCCCUGUUUCAUCUUAUGGUAGCUUUGUGCGGAUAAGAGGAGAAGGGAACGCCAGCCCAGAAUCGAACUGGGACUCAACAGUCCUGGGCACCGCUAGCUU